GAGUAAUUGAGUACGAGACUGUAUUCGCCUAGCAAUUUGUACUUUGUUUUUGUCGCUGACCUUUCAUUUGAUCUUAAUUCUGAAUUGUGAGUGUCAACUUCAGUAGGAACGUCUCAGCAACAACAUCUAUCAGUACGGAAAAAAAUGGACAAUUCUCAAAAAUCGACACACCCGAUGAGCAAUAGCAUGGGCCGCGUUGCGUCGCCAAACCGCGGCGUGAUGCCAGCCAGUAGCUCAUCUUCUUCUAGUUAUACUGCCCGUGGCACCGGCACCCUGAGCCGCCUUUUGAAUCAGCGGCAAGCACCUCCUAGCGCGACAAGUCGUUCUGCUUCUGUAUCAUCCAACAGAUCUGCUCAGUCCACUUCUUCUCAGAGGUCUGCAAGCGUGAGCGUCAGCUGUUUUUCUGAAGUAGGAUUCAUACCCAGCACCCGUGCACCUGCCAAGGCGAAUGCGCCCCUUCGUCCAUCAGCUAAUGAGCAGCAACAGCGUAAAAUCACGAGUCACUCCAACCAGGCACCGGGAACAGGGCGCCGAGGCUUGACAGAAUGGGUCAAGGACAAGAUGCGCACUUACCCUUGGCUGAAAAAUAGCAUCAAAGACAAGGACGUCCUCAGAGCGGCCAUGGAUAUCGGCAAACCUUUCUACGACAGCCACACCAAGACUACGGACGCUACGUGGAAGCAGGGAGCUUUGCAGCCGCUGUUCCUGGCAUAUGCGGAAUCUCAGGCCAACCUGAAAGGUGAGGAGCAGAAAAUAACUGUAACCAGAGCAGAUGGGACACUAAUCACAAAGACGAUCGGCAGCACAGCCGCGUCGCUACUGGAGAAUACUGAUAGCGAGAUUAAAAACCUCGUAUCCUCAGUGCGAAAGUGUAUCCGGACAAAAAAGAAAAAGGAGCUAGCCACGCCGGAACUGGUGAGAGCUGCUCUGCAAGAGGAGCCUCACCUCCUUCAGCACCCGCUGACGCCAGAAGAAGUCUUCCAGCUUGUGGCACUUUAUAUGAAUUUCUAUUGUGUAUGAUGUGUCAGUUAUACAGAUGCAUGAUGCAUUUUUCCUGUGGACGUUGUUGCAUAUCAAUAUCUUGUUUUCUUUUUUGCAAAGCUUUGAGCUUCAACCGGAUGCUCCAACUCAAGCCAGACUUUACCUAAAGCAAAUCACUGCUAUCAUUUUUGUAGUACCUGCCUAUCAUCUGAUACAGGACAAAAUGCAUGCGCCGAAGAAAUUGAGGGAAGAUCGUGGGGAUUCUUGGUUGCAGGCUUGUGUGUGUGUGCCUCAAAUGGUAAAGCCUCACUACGCGGAUUUGCUUGCCAGCGAAAUGGGCAAGCAGAAGAUGCUGUGGCUCGAUAUGUACUACUAUUUGCUGUGCUUGUAUAUUGGUUUACUCAUACUUCCCUUCUAGUAGACAUGACCCAUGAUAGAUACAUAUGGAAAUCCGAUGCCCUCACUUCAUGACUUUCAUUUGCAGAAUAUAGAGUAUCAAAAUAAACGUCUCUUCUUCAAUUUUCUCACCCUACCCCGUCAGCCUCUUGAUCUCAAUUAACCACAGGAACCAGAUUUGGAUUGAUAAGCUUGCUUUGGUAGCGCAUGGUAUGCAUGCACUAUCGAAAGGCUUUCCGGUAGAUGAACAAAUGGACGCCUUGCAUCAAUGGUUCCAGUUUUCCGUCGAUAUGCGCGAGUACAUCAAGCAGGGCGGCAAGGUAGAGGAUCUAGCUGAAGCGGAGGCGAAGACAACCCACCCGGGACAAGGCUCUGCACCGACUGACGAAGACCUCAAAAAUCUGCGCCAGGAGGCGAUUAAAGGGAUUGGCAUGGUCCCUAAAGAAGGAUCAGCUACGGUCCUUGGAGCUCAUGAGAUCAAGUGCCCUAAAUUGCUCGAGACGCGUACCAUCGACAUUGUCAAGGAUGUAUGGGCGCCGGUUUACAACUGCUUCGAAGUUCUGGCGAAGGAGGUUGACCAAGUUCUGCACGACCGCACGCACGUAAAGAGCUUCGCCGAUGAAGUCGAGAAUCUGUACGACGCUUGUCAAGCCGCCGAAAAGAAUCCUCAAGACCAAGAGAAGAGACAGAAGAUGCUGGACUGCGUUGGUGUUGUGAACGCUAAGCUGACUGGGUGCUUUAUGUCUACGGAGCCGAAAGCAUACGAAAAAGCGAUGUGCGCCCUGAUCGAAGUGUACUAGUUUUUCUUGAUGUGGGAACACAGGUCCACUGUGAACAUUUUGGCUUCACUGUAUAGUAGUUUAGUUUCUUUUUUGUCUUCCGACAUUUUGUUCUCAUAGUAUUCUCCUUGAACGUGGUUCCAUCCUGAAGCCAUAUCAUUACUAUCAAUUCUGACGCAUAUAUGAUUUUUUAUUAGUGUUAGUCCACCUCCUCUUCCAUAUACUACUUACACAGAUUUCCUACUGGGAUGUCCAUGCCGGAUGGACUCCGAUGUCGCCGACCCUAUCUGCAGUAUGAACAUGAACGAGAUAAGUUCCAGAAGAUGGGAAUUUACGAACGUUACAAGAACCUUGACGACGCGACGAAGACGAACCUUAUUGGUGGCCAUCCGGUCAAGGGGAAAGCGUUGAUCAAGCAAAUCACGGAUAACUACCGCACAAAAGACCGAGGCGUCAAUAUUUUUUUGGACAAGUUUGUGCAUCCGUGGACGCAAGAAAUGGUAGACAAACUGAACCACACGUACCUCCAGAAUUGGGAUCUGGUAAAACAUGCACAAAGCAUGACCAUGGGCAAGAUCAGGGCGGUACUGAUAUGUAUCUGUCUUGCUAUGUUGCUUUUUAAUAGGUCCUCUAUUUCCCCUAGACUAUGAACAUCUUAUAGCAAAUUGCAACUUCUUUUAUAAUGCAUCUUCGUGCCCACUCUAGCUUUUUUUCAACCAUUGUGUGUCUCCAUAAGGGCCAUGCAUCCCUAUUAGGAAUUGACAUCUCAUUCUUUUGGUGUUGUUCAAGUGCAUCUACUUGAAGCAGCACCCACAUGGGACUGAUUGAUCUCUAAGCUCCAUCAACAAUCUACACCCAGAUUACGAACGCCCUUGACAAAAAUCGCGACGUUGUCGAUUAUACUACACCUACUGGAUACCGCGCACUCGAAUGGCACAAGAUGCAUGAUAUUGGACGGCGUAAGCAGGAAAUCAAAGACAAUAUUACGCGAUACAAAUUCCAGCGUAUUUCUAAACUUCUUUGGUUGGUCAAAUUGCAUUUGCAAUGGAUACUACGACUGACGAGACUCUUUUUUAGUGCGCGACUGGUCUUCAAAGUUUCAGUUUGUUACUUUCUCUUGCUUCGAAAAGUGUUGCUUUCUCUGAAGCUGCUGACUCUUCUCCCUAGUUACCAUCUACCUUCUGAUAUCCAAUUAACCCAAAACCUCACAGACAACCAAACCUAUUUGAUGCGAGCGACAGCCGACUGGGAAUUGUUGAAGCCGUGGGUUACUUCGACUAAAAAGGCAAUUAUGGACGAGAAAUCGGUGAAGGAGAUGGACGACCUCAUCAAUGCCGCGAAUGCUGAGAAUAAGAUUUUGCAAACGAAGAUUCAGACGGAGACUAAAGAGAAGGAGGAGAACGAGGUCACUGCGGUUCUCAAAUCGCAUCAGAAAGGAGAAAAACUGGUCAAGGCUGCCAUGAAGGUACUCAACUCUACAUAUUGUCACUGACGUUAUAAAGUGCUUCUUUUAUCAAACUGUUUCUGCAUGCCGUUUUUUUUUAAGUACACGCGGAUAUGCCGUCCUACUUAAAAGCUUCCUUCUUUGCUUGUGAUCAGAGACAGCAGAUCAUGCUCCCCGUUCUUCUAUCAUCAUUCAGACCGCUAAAGCAGCCGCGAAGAAACUUCUGAAGGCACAAAAGCAAGAAGAGGAGCAGGCUCGUUUGGAGGCCUUAGAAAAUGAGGACGAAAAUUUUGAUGACGCCAUUGAACGAAUGGCGAAUCCCGAUAUUCUGGACGGUGGUAUCAUAGACGAUGAACUCGUGCACGAAGCUGAUCCGGCACUCAAGGAGAGACAUGAGCAGCGCGAGUUGCACAGGUUUAUGAAAGAUUAUGGCCCAGAAGCCGCUGCAAGACGCGAUGCCCUUAUGGAGGAUUUUGGCUUGCCGCGCACCGUAGGCGAGGGAAAAAGCCAAACCUCUGAGGGCCAGCCGAUGGGAAAGACAGCAGCACCCUCUACUGGUCUUCUAGGGUCUGGAGAUCAACUUCAACACAAUACAACCACUGCUGAAUCGGGGUUCUUGUUCCCGACUACUUCGCAUGGGAAGAAGCCGCUUCAGGAGGUUUCUAAAAAUUCGCCGCAGCAGACCGCUUCCACAAGUGCUUCUAGUUCUACAACCACCGCUCAAACGCAACAAGCUGCUCCGACUACUACACCUCUAACUGCUGAUAAUUUUACGCCUGCGGAAAUUUCAGACGAUCAGUUUACGCCAGAAGAGGCCGCACAGUGUGGCACCAUGACCGGCGACACGCAUGACCUCUUUCCCGUGAGUGAAGUGAUCGAUUGUGAGGCAGACGGAGAGAAGGAGGAGGAGGAGGAGGACCCAAUCGAAACUUGGCGUCGACAGUACGAUGCCAGAUACCCGCAACACGGUGCUGCAGCAGCAGGGCCAUCUCACUCUGCAAAGGUGCCAUCUACUUCCACAGCGGUUUCUUCACAGCUUGCAACUGGAGAAGGAGCUCCUUCUUCAACUUCUGCUGCUGCUGGUGCUACAACUACUAGUGAGUCUACUUCUACUGCAAACGAUGAAGUAGUUGACUGUGAAAAUUCUGAGGAUGAGGAGGAGCAAGGAGCAGGAGACAACAACUUGCUGGAAUCAUCGACAAACGCCGGCUCUUGCAAGAAAGGCAAGGAACCAACGAAAAAGCGCAAGGGAAAUGCCAAGGAAAGUAAAGCAGAAGCCAAAAAGCGCAAGAAGCUAGACAAGGAGAUAGCAGACAUGAAAGCGGCCACUAAGGAGAUGAAAGCAAUUCGAAACCGUCAUCAGCUGGAGUGCGCUAACAACAUCGGUGAGCUACAGGCUAUUGUGAAGAACGACAAGCUCAUGGAUUUCAUCACCGAGCUCGGCAGCGCGUGUGUAGAGCAGUCGGAUUUCUACAGACAACAGAAUCCAGACUUCAAAAACAAACUUGACAGCACGGACCUGCAGCAGUACCUCCCUGUACUAUCGCGAUGGCUGCCGUUUCUAGAAAAAGGCUUUUUUCGAACAUCCAAGCACAGCUGCUUACUGAACCAAAGCACGCUGAUGGGCCAAGAUUAUCUUCGAUUUCGACAUGAGAGGACUUUGCGACCAGAAAUCCAUCACUCUGAGCACGAUUUCGGGCGCGCGCAGGGAUACACAUUCUCCAAGGUCACCUACGAGGCGUUCAUCUACGCAGUCAUCGAUGCUGAGGAAGAUGUGAAGGAAUCUCUUCACUUUGAUAGCCAGUGGCUGCUCCGUGAAAGGAAGAGGAAAGUAUUCGAGGAAAAAGUCCGCGAGUAUUUCCAGGAUAUCGCCAACGCCGUUGCUGACGGGGAUCAGCGUGUUCUUGAGGCUAUCAAGGACACAUCAGAGCAGGCUGUUUGUGCAGAACUCAAAAUCACCGCUGAAAAGAAUGAGGAAGAGUCUCCGAAGAAGCAGAACAUUUACAUCCAGCCACAGUUUGCACCUGCUUCAGACGGCACAGCGCGGCUUGUAGAUCAAGAUGGUAAAGACGUCACUUCUACAUCUGCGCAGCAAGAUAUCACCACUGCCACCAGUGCUAGCGCUACAGAGUCUACAUCUCAUCCUUUGCCUUCCGCCGCAGUGGCAGUACUAGAUGCAAAACAUGGACAGCCGAGAGCUACUUUGAGUCCGACUCCGAAGCAACCGCCGUUGCCUAAGCAAUCGCCUGCUCCCCCUACUCCGCCUGCGACUGGGGAAGGCAGUGCAUUAUGGACGGCAGGCCCGCAGAUGGCAAACGGUGUCCAGACACGGCAUAACGUGACGAGCACCGAUGAAGCACAAGUUCGCAGCCCUCCACCGCCUCCAGCUCCGCCAGCAGCUGCAGCCAAGAACGGAGGUCGCAAACGUGGCUCCAAAGGCAAAGCAGCUUUAGCCUCUACCUCUACUACGCUUGGGACGUCUGGCGCUAGCACUUCCGCGAUUUCAGCAACGGCGGUUGAAACUCCAGAUGUCAACGCUCUUUCUGCUACCGAAAGUCUAGGGCAACCGAAUGCGCAGACCGUCGGAGGCAGUUCGACGUCUGCGUCUGUCGCAAAUGUUGAUGAAGGAGAGGGUGCUGCGCCAGUGCACACGUCGACAUCUUCGUCGUUGCUCGGAGGUGGACUCCAAGGGGCUUCGGAGCCGCAAGCGAGCGACGCCUCGGGAGACGGUCUCACAGCAGCAACAACUAGCAACAAACAGCAACCAAAUGGAGAUGUACUAACCAACGACGACAAUUUGUUUUUUUUUGAGGCUGAGCCAGACGAUAGUGUCGCAGAGCCGCUGAUCUCCGAUCCCAUGGGGGCAGCGGAUGGCGAGGAGAUGCAGCAAGAUGAUAAAGUUGAAGCUGAGGACGAGCAGGGAGAAGUAGCAGGUGGCGCGCCGUCGUCUGAGAAGACGCCCGUCUUGAAAAACAAACGAGCCCAGAAGAAACGCAAUGAGCGCCGAGCAGCGAUGGCAGACUUCAAAGAAACUCACAUUCUCUCCCCACUGAAAGAGGGCACAGCAGAGGACGCCGCCUCAAGCCCAGAGCGGGAGCCUGCUAGCGCUAACUUAUGUUGUAUACAUUACAAAACGAAGUGCAAUAAGUUGUAAGUAUUACAAAACGAAGCGCAAUUUACAGUAAAUAAGUUAUGAUGUGUAUAUCUUCACCUUCAGGCCCUUCUCGAAGACUGGCCGCGACAUCCUCGUGUGACUUUUCGUUUUCCCACAGUUGGUGGCACUAUCGAGAUUGUCUUUGUCUCUUAUCUGUUAGUUUCGUAUAUAGAAGCAACCAAGAGCAGCAAGAAAGAAUGACAGAGACCCGCUCUCGGUAUGUGGUCGUGAUGUGCGAUAUUGUUUGCGCCUUUGUUCCUUUCUGUGUCAUCUAUAAUCAAGCCUAUAAGUCUUGUAUAUGUUUGCGCAUUUUAGGUGGCUAUACUAAGCUACUGCUCAUUUUUGAAACCAGUAGGCUGCUUGGGCUCUCUAAUUUGGAAUAAGCGCGUCGCGGCAGCGGACGAUGAGGAAAGAACUGGACCUCCUACAAAGGUGAGCAAGACGGGUAGCAAUCCGGAUGCGCAUGCAGAAGCCGAAGCUGAUCGUCGAAGCUCCGCGGGCUCGUCGUCUAGAGCAUCCGAAACCAGUAUGAAAAAGCGCGGACGCCCUACAGGAUCGAAGGGAAAGGCAAAUACUGCAAAAGCAAAACCCAGCCCCAAACCGAAACCAGGAAAGAAGGCUGCAGGGAAGAAAGCAGCAGCACCCAAGAAGCGAGGCAAAAAAGGGAGCGAUGCUGUGCCACUAACCUUUUUUGGUGUAGGUACGGAUACCAACGGCGCGGUGGAGGCUCAGGUCAUUGCGCCUGCGGUGGCCCCAGCGCAUGAUCAAGAGGUAGAGAGGGAAAAGGAGGAAGAAAGCAAUGGCGCAAACAGCGGAGCUCCGGAUACUGCUAUGGAAGGGGAGAACGAUAACGAGGAUCAGAUGGCAGAGGCAAUGGAACAGCAGAUCGCGGCGGAUGAGGAGGAGGCCGAUAUUGAUGAUCUGGAUGCUGAAGCUGCUUUACCUUUCUAAUAUAACUCGUUCUUGUUCAAGAGCCAACUUGGCUUCGCCUUCGAAUUUUGCGACUUCAUUUUAUUCUAAGGAAGGCGAUAUAAAAAUAAAAAUUCUAAGCACUUGUAGAGCCGAGAAGUAAGAGUCGUUCUGCUAGAUCAUGAGUAGCAUAGCAGGGGUCCCUUGCUUUAUCGCGGCGUCUGUGUAGUUUGAACUUCUAAACCUUAGGUAGAGGAAAUUGAUGAGUCCAGUGAUUACCUGCUUGCUUACUUUCUACUCGCGAAGGAUAACAGUUAUAAACUGGCCGAAUAUCAGCUAAGUGUUUAAUUUAGAACUAGUCUUUCUGUCGCAUUCGAUGCUUGCGUGUCUAUAUGCUGAACUUUUCUCGUCUUCAGUAAUAAAUAUUAAUGAACUUUUGUCCUGAUAUAUUCCUCACAUCUGGGAGAAAGACGAAAAUAGGUAGGACACUUUGACAGCGAGGGAACUGUAGACUAUUAUUUCCUCUAUGUCGACUCAAGGCGCUCUGAGUGGUACUUCACUAAUUUACUAUGGAAUUGGAUCGAUAUGAAAAACCUCAGGGCGCGAGGUAGUUGCUCUGUCUCUUAAAAGUGCGCUCGCAGUAGCUAAACUAUGUGACCCUUAUGCUACUCAGGACAGCUUGUCACUGUGUAAAGCAUACAACGCCACAAAGGAAGAGUCCAGGCGUUAUAGAAGCGCGCUUGCUAUAUCUGACGCGCAAGCUGUAGCUGAUAAGAAUCAUCUUUGAAGAGUUGCCCUCCAUUUUGUUGCCUUGAUUGAUGGGACAGCAGUGGCGAAAUUAUAGGAAACGAGAUCUACGCUGGAGGAUUACAUAACAGACUGGGAUGAUCAUACUCAUACCAGAUUGAUACCCACAUCGAAAGGCUCUGACAUCAAUAACGCUAAUAGUUGUUCUGAUUUUUGUAUCACUUGUAAAGAAAGACUUUCAUGAGAAUAGUAAUUUGGGAGGUGGGAAGAGUCUUCAUCUUUUGGUUUUGAUCCGGCAAAAAUUUUCCUGGAAUAGAUUUGAUGUUGGAUCCACGAGUCAUACUUCACUUAGGAUGUUUGUUGACUGCCAGCUUCUCCCCCUCUUACUAGCUUGCUGAGGUCGUGGGUUCGCUUGGCUACCCCUGUUAGCCACUUGCCGUGUAUUGUCCUUAGGUGUUAUAAGUAGUUAGUAUGUAUAAAGGAAGCGAAAAGCUCUACUGUCGAUGUCGAUGAUCAAAAAAAAAGAAGUUCCUACUUUGGUGUGCAUUUAUAAUUUUGCUUCGGAAGAAAACUAACACAACAGCAAUCACGUCGAAGAUAUUUGCGAGCAUGCCAAUUUGUGACUUGGCCAUCAUUGUUAUAUGAUUAACGUGUGCACGCGCAUGGGAGGGAACAGCAUAACACAAUAGAGGGAUCGAUAGCAUGAUGAAUGAUAUGGGAUAAGCAUAGGGCAUUGGCCAUACCUUAAGCAUACACCUUAAUUUGGCGCACAUUAGACACAGGAAAGAAGUCAAGAAUGACAGAAAGCAUUUAUAAAUUUUGUGCCGAGCUUGAUGUUGGUGUGCAGUAGUGAUUUCUUCUGGGGGUAGAGUAAAUCCGUGCCCGGGAACUACUACACGAGCCGUCAGUGAUUAUCUUAUGAUGGCAUGUCUAUGAAAAAAGGCAGCAAUUUUGUAAUAAUUGAAUAAGAAUAGUUUUGACAUAGUGGGGCAUCCAUGUACUACAUACUAGAGACUUCUCUAAUAUUGGGAAUAAUCUAGCAGGAUCAUUUUGUAAUAUUGUGUUACUUUCUUCACACGCAACUACUGGCGCACGGUAUGAUCCCCACAAGGGUACGAAGGGCCAUGCGUAUACUUCCAGCGCCAGCGGGCGCGGCCUAACUACUAGAGUACUACGUUGGUCAGCGUGGCGUCGUUAUUUAUAUUUGUUGCAAUUUUGAAUCAGAAGAAUGCACUCCAGUAAGUCUUCGGCUGGUGCCCGGGGCUGUCGCAGUUCAUUAAGACACACGCUUAGGCAUAUACCUGGAGCGGGGCCGGGAUAGUAACAUACACACGUGAACAGUUUGAAUAGAAUGAAUAGAAUUGAAUUGAGUUGAACUAUGUCGGGGCAGCUGUGUCGUAGCUGAGUUGUUUUUUAAGGCUUACCAGGGAUGUGUGUGCUUGUUGAGCACAGAGAUUAGACGAGGUGGCGCAACUACUAAAGGCUUCAGGGGAAGACGAUAGUCAAUCCUUCUGCAUGACGUUAGUCUUCUACUGGUUUGGCAAGCGUAAAGGCACUGCUACACGAAGACAGAGCCCAUCCAUGAAAACGAAGAGCACGCUCCACUUGAUUGUCAUGAAUGUCGCAGAACUAGCAAACGAAAACAACAAGAAAGACACGAGCAGGAGCGUAUGUGUAUAAAAGCGACUGGUUGUAUGAAUGGAAAACAUGCUCAAUGAGCAUGGAC